CGGUCGUACUGCCCACGUUUUUGAACAGGCAACGGGUGCUACAAAAGGCAGCGGAGCCCCCUUUUCUUCCUCAGCAGCCAAAGCUGCAAAUCUUUCGGAGGGAAGACUCGACUCUCUGAUAUGGCAAUCUCGUCGCCAGCUCUAGCAGGGAUUGAGUAUAGCCGCUCCAGCUUCAUCAUGGGUGACAAGCUUCAAGCCUCCUCUUCUGGUUCCUCGAGCAGGCGGAAUUCUGGGAGGAGGAUGGUGGUCGCUGCACAGUCGGCUGCGAUCGAUAGCCACUUUGUUUUGGGAUUGGAUUACAGUGCCUCCAAGCAAGAGAUCAAGCGGGCUUACAGGAACCUUGCGCUCCAGUACCAUCCGGAUGUUUGCAAGGGGACUGGGAACGAGCACGUUUUCACUCAGAUCAAUCUUGCCUACGAGUGCUUGAUGAGCGAAUCUCAAAGCCAGCAAAAGCUCCAGGAAAACUCGAGAGUGGAUCCAAACUCCAAAGCUAGAAGCGCUGGAUCCAUGGAAGACGAGUGGCUAUCCGAGGGCUACACGUUUGAGGAGAUUUUUGGAAAGAGCCCGUGCUACCAGACUGUCGAUGAAUCUUUGUUCCGCGAGGUGGAAGAGAGGCCGAGAAGAAAGGUCAAGAAGGGCAGCUCUCGCGAGGAUUGGUAGGUUUGCUAUAUAGUCAACAUGCUGACCCGUAGACUGGCGCUGACUGGCAGGCGAAACAGAUAAGAGGGUGUUACAUUGAAAAAAACACCGAUUUUUUUGUGUAGAAAGUAAAAACUACUUUCUACUUUCUAGUAAAAAGAAAGUAAAAUAAAAAGUGGCGCUAUGGCGAGCUGCCACGUCUGGAGCGAAGUGUCAGUAUUUGAUUGGCUCACUCUUUGUUGAUAACACAUGAACGAUUUCUUCCAUUUUAUCACCGAGUCAUGGCUUCAACACAGAAUCCUUCUUCCACUGGUACCACCAAGUUGGCCGAGGAGCACGCCAAGAAUCUAUCAGCCGAGAAUGAGAAAAAGGAGAGCGCGGAGGUAGUACCGUCAGUGGAUCAUCGAUCCGGUCCAGGCCAGCACCAGCAAAAGGAUGCGAUCCCGACUGUGGUGGUGCACGAGAACGCGGAUGAUCCUGCAAAGAAAUCUGGAACGAAGAGUUGAGAGUUCCACAGCACAGCUGCUGCUCAUAGUUUUUGAUUGUGAUCCAAAAAUGUGGACAGCGAAUAGAAGAUGUUAGUAGUAUACAUACAGAGACAAUGGUGCCUUAGA